AUGGGAUAAUGUUAAAUGCGUAAUGAAAGGUAAUAUAUGUACUUGAUAUAAAUUAUUUUAGGAUUUCAAUAUAUUGUCACACCUAAAAUAAUGGAACUUGUGAUCUCUUUGAUUAUGAGAGUAAUGCCCAUUAAAAACAAUAAUUUACAAUCUAAAAUUAAGAUUCAUAUAUUAUUAGAAAUGAAGAGGCGCUUCAAUUAAUACAUUAAAUACCUAAUGAAAAUAAGUAUUAUAUAUCUAUUAUACAUAGUGAAGUUUUACUGUUUGUAACAGCUAAAAACACUAUUGUUCCCGGGACAUUAUAAUAACAAGGAAAUUCAACAGCCUUAACAAAUACUUAAUUUCCAUACAAAUUAAAGAAAAAUUGGUUGACAGUAAGAUCUGUUAACAAAUAUCCAUUAAAUGUAAAUGACAUUUUUAGGCUUGGAAAAAUGACUUUUAGAAUAUCUAGUCUUAGUUUUAAUCCUGAUAAAGAACCUGAAAUUUUGAACCAUAGCAAGGCAGAUUCUAAUGAAUAAUGUCGAAUAUGUUUAGGAAAUACAUAAAGUUCUAAUCCUUUAUUGAAUCCAUGCAAAUGCAGUGGAUCUCUUAAAUAUAUUCAUCUUGAAUGCAUGAAAAGAUGGUAUUCUUGAAUAAGACUUAGGCUCAAAGAAUUUACUUCAGCGUCAAGAUCAUCUGAGAAAAGUGAAACAUAUCUAUGGAAUUAAUUAAAAUGUGAAAUUUGUAAAGAGUCCUAUAAGGUAAUAUUUUAAAGUGAUGGGGUAACAUAUCAUAUGCUAGAACUUUUAAAACCUAGAUUUCCAUAUGUAAUGUUAGAAUUCUAUUCAAAAAAGAAGGAAACCUAAGUUAAUCAAAUUAAUUUAGGAGAUCGUUUCACUUCUAAAUCUGAUGGUGUUAUUGUUAUAAGUCUUGGAGAAAAAAUGAGUUUAGGUAGAGCUAGAGAAAAUUGGGUUAAAUUGUGUGAAGCUAGUGUUAGCAGAUUUCAUGCUACUCUAUAAAUAGAGAAGAUUCAAUAAUAAGAUUCUCUAUUUUUGUUUGACAAUAAUUCUAAAUAUGGAACUUUAGUCUAAAUAAAAGAAGAUUUGUAAAUUUAUCAAGAACUCGAAGUAUAAGUUGGCAAAUCUUUAUUUAAAUUGUAAACAAGCAAUAUUACUUGUUGA